AACAUAACCUAACAAUGAUCAAAUUUAAAAAGGAAUAUUUAUUUUGUCGACUUUGAUGACAAGUUUAUGCGGUUUUAAGGCAGAAUAUCAUUGUUAAUUAACAAUUUUCUUAAAAAUGGAUUAUGACGAUCGCCAUCGAACAUUUUUACAAGCAGUAAUACAAAGCGGUGUAAUAUUAGACCAGGACGCGGUGGUAUUAUGUGUGAAAAUUUUCGAUGAAAAAAUAGAUAUUUCAGCGAUUGCAGCACGUAUAAAUGAUAAGUUAGAACGAUUGGCUAUGUCGAUGAAAGCUGGAAUAUGCGAAUUGACUGGAAACAAAUAUUGGUCAGUAGUUAGUACAACGCACGAAGAAACAGUCAAAAUUCCAACAGAGUUAACGCAAUCCCAAAAGAUGUUCCUUCGAUCGAUAUAUUCUGAAAUAAUUGGUGGAGACGGUUGCAUUUCAAGUACAUCUUGUCUCAAUCUUUGUAAUUCUCUGGAAACAAAAUUUUCAAUGAUAGAGGCCGACCGAUUUCUCAAGCAUUUAAUUAAACAAAAAUGGCUAUACUGUAAGGAUGGCAAUAUUUAUAUGGGAGUUAGAAGUAUUAUAGAGCUUAUGCCGUAUUUUAGAGCGACUUAUCAAGAUAAUUUCCACAACUGCUUCUUAUGUAGGGAAGUUGUUUUUCACGGCCACAAAUGUGAUAACUGCGACGAGAUGUGCCAUUAUUAUUGUUUAAUUGAAUAUGCGAAAAAUCGAAAUAUACGCAAAUGUCCACAAUGUAAACACAAUUUAGACAUAAGUUGCAUAACAGGUAAUCGGUAUUAUUACAUACUGCAUCAGUGAUUCGUAUUGUAAUUUAUAUUUCAUUGUAGAUGAAGCAAGUGCCGUUCAAAUUAUGCACGACGACGCUAA